AUGCAAGCGAUUGUCGGUGUCAACCAGAAGAAUAAUUUUAUUGUCAAAAAGCACAAGCGAGUCAUCGGUUCCAUUAUUAAGCACAAGAACAUUCAACAGUUUAACAAGUCUAUGCGGUGGUUUUCCUCGUCGUCGUGUUCCAUUGAUUGUUGCUGGCAAACUACUACUACUACUACUACUACUGAGGAUACGACGACUUUUAUGGAUACCAUGGAGCCUAAAACUCUCAGCUCAUCCAUUGGUGAAGCCAAAAGCGUUACAAUUUCAACACAACUCAACGGAGAAUACAUUUCUCUAUCACGAUGGCACAGGCAACUGGAAUCGAAAGCGAGUCCCGUUCGUGGCGAGAUAUUCAGCUUUCCAGUGUACACACAGGAAGAAAAGCAGCAGCUCAACCUAGAAGCGCAAACGUACGCUACAUACUCCUACGGAGACCUGACAAGAGUGGACACCUGCUCGGCAAACUCAAGUAUAGGAAGCUCUCAAUACCAAAAGCAGCAGUAUCAUCUUCAUUCGACAGACGGAACAAUCACGAUCAUAAACGGAGUGUUCGGAGAGCCCACCAGGACGAACACAACUAUUGCGGAUCCUUCCCUGGCCCAGUGGCCAAGCUGCAGCAUGUUCAUGGGCGCUACGGAGCAUUGGCCGAGUGGCUUCAGCAACGAAAGCUAUACAAUAGGUGAACAGCUGAACACACCGAGACCGGAAGACGUCUGCGGAUUUGAGUUUGGAAGUUUCAGUGGACUUGGAGCGUCCGAAGCGAAAGUUAAUCUAGCAAACGUAUUUAGUACCAACAGCAUCACUGACAGAAUCGAAGGGGACUGCAAUAAUAAUAGGAAUAACAAACCCGGUCGAAGUAUGCACGACAGGAAAGAACAAACUAUCAAACUGAAGUAUGACAACAAUCGUAGCCCGAUGACACCACCAUCGUCAAACCGGGACGAAACGACCCUCUCGCCAGGGUUCAACUCCUGGGAGUUUGAACCCUGCCUCGAGGGAGGUCUUCUUAGUCCAGCAAGCAUUAUCAACACCCCACUCCGUAGUGUAGCUUCUCCGGACGGCAGCUCGGGCGAUACGGAACACAAACCAGACGAAUUGGAAACUUGCGUCGAUUUCAUAUUCUCACCCGACACAGUCAUCGACGGCAGCGAGAUGGAUGAUGUCAGCAUCCCACUGCACGAAGAAAUCGAGCAACUUUCAAAUUCUUUCUACUGCAAAUCGAACAGUCUGGUGUCGAUCAACGCUAGUGCCACUAACGUAGUCGACAUCGUAUCGCCCAGCUUUCUCAAGUUACUUCAGGAGGAAUCUAGCUUUCCUUCGGUGCAAACUGUCGUAUCCACGGCAAAGCCCAUAGCAACUCAGUCAAAUCACCCUUCGAUUGUUAACUCAUUCUUCAGUGAUGCUGAUGACGACGACGACGACGACGAUGAACUAAAUGUGAAGCGGAAAAGGAAUAGGAAAGACGAGCGUAGCUCAGUUGCAGCAGCAAGGUCGCAAGCAGCACUGCAGAUCGUCGAAAGUAAAUUCGAAAUUGUUGAUGUUAUCAAAACGCAAACCCAGCAAGAACAUAAUUAUACUAUUAAGCUACCAAAUGACGGCGAAAGCCAAGAUUCUUUAAUAAAUUCUACGGUGAAGGAAACAAUCCUAUCGCACAGAGAACCGACAGCACGAUCGACACAGCCGCCAACAGUCGCGGACGGUGAACAGAAGAAACCGUGCAGCAGGAUAAACGAAAAUAUGCCUCAGCGACAGUAUCUACCCAAGCUGAAGCUUAAAAUCGUCAAUCCUGUGGACUCCGCAGUCACCAUCAAUAGUGAUCCGUGCACGCUGACCACCACGCACAUGGUAAUCCAGACCCCGGAACUCACAAACGAUCUGCUCGAUCUGGAGGCAGAAAACCUGAAGCAAGAAAAUGACGAAUUCGAUCUUCUCGAGUACAUCACCUCCGGAACGGACUACGACAUUGUGUGCAAGUCUCCGAUCGAGGAGAAACCUACGGUUUCAAUAGACGAAAGCAUCCCCGUGGUCGCAGCUCCAGCAACGACGACGAAACAGUCCACCAUCUGCGGAGCAACCCUCAGUGAUUUAUUCAAUCCAGCCAAACGCAAGCUUCCGUCGAUAACGAUCGAGAAUUUGGAGGAACUUACGGCGUCCACCAAUGGGAACAAACGUUUCCGAAGUGCCACCUCUUCAACCACAUCGUCGGUGUACGGUGAUAAUGCUUCGGAAACGUCAUCCACUCGUCCGGUGAAGCGUCGUGGGCGUCCCCCGAAGCCGGUCAGUUCAAUCCGGGACCGGUCCGAGUAUCAACAUCUGAGCGAGGCCGACAUGCGAUACCGUGAGCAACGGGAUAAGAACAAUGAAGCAUCGCGCAAAUCUCGCAUCAACCGGAAGGAUCGUGAGCUGAGGCUGGAAGGUGAAGCCCGGGAACUGAACCGACAGUAUGCCGUACUGAUCAACGAGGAGAAGAAGAUCAUCAAGGAAUGUGCACGGUGGCGGAAGGCCGUGAUGCGGUUGGCGCUUCUGUGAACAGUGCAAAACAGGUCGAACUCUGCAAUUAACUAUUUUUUUUUUAAAUAAACAUACAACCUGCUCACCAGGCUUGAAAAUUAUUUAGUAUCCAACUUAUGUUAGUGGAAAAUAUGUCAUGAAACAGAAACAAAAAAAAACAAACUGAAAAAAUUAAAAUCAAAUGGAAUACUUUGUUCAUUUGGCUAAAUAUAAACGAUUAAAACUUAAAAAUGACAAUGAGUAUUCGAUGUGCAUGCUCAUAAAAAGAUUUUUUCAUUUAUAAUAAAUUGCUUUUUUUAUCCCUAAUCACCAAUAAAGAGACAAAACUAAA